UGAAGAUGCGCAAAGCAGGCACUUGUCACGGGUGGUGGUGGGGGGGCUGGGGAUUAAGAGACCAAAUGGAUCCACGUCACGUUUUCGCCAGCUACUUGUGCCAACACACUCGACUCCCCGAGCUCACACAACCCACGCACACACACACAAACACACACGACGGCGGCGGCGAGGGGAGCGGCUCAACCUUCACCUUGUGAGAGGACAAGUCUGCACGAUGACCCAGUACCUGAGCGGCUCCUCGCCCUUCCUCAAGCCGUUCUUCCUCAAGACGCCCGUCCAGGUGGUCGGGCCUCUGCGGAAGAGGCGACACACGCUGCCCGCCAGCGAGUUCAGGAACCUGACGCCUCAGGACGCCGUCAGCGUCUUCGAGAUCGAGAGGGAAGCUUUCAUCUCGGUGUCCGGCGAGUGCCCUCUGACCCUGGAAGAGGUGCUGCACUUCGUGGGUCAGUGCCCUGAGCUCUCGCUGGGCUGGUUCGAGGAGGGCCAGCUGGUCGCCUUCAUCAUCGGCUCCGGCUGGGACAAAGAGAGGCUUUCGCAGGAGGCCAUGACCCUGCACGUGGCCAACACGUCGACGGUGCACAUCCACGUGCUGUCGGUGCACCGCCACUGCCGUCAGCAGGGCAAGGGCUCCAUCCUGCUGUGGCGCUACCUGCAGUACCUGCGUUGCAUUCCGCGCCCCCGCCGGGCCCUGCUGGUCUGCGAGGACUUCCUGGUGCCCUUCUACCUCAAGGCCGGCUUCAAGGAGAAAGGCCCGUCGGCCAUCAGCGUGUCCAACAUGCGCUUCCAGGAGAUGGAGUACCUCCUCGGCGGGCAGGCGUACGCCAGGCGGAACAGCGGCUGCUAGCCCCGCCCGUCCAACCGCCGCUGGUGCGCCGCCUUCGAUCGACGACGACUGACCUAAAUGCACUUUUGACACCUGCUGGAUGGCGGAUCCAUUGCAGAUUUUCAAAAUCCACAAGUCACUUCAUUAGGUACACCUCAGCGUCCAGACUUGCUUUUUUCAUAUUCAGUUAUUUGUAAUGUGCUACGAAUGCGUUGAAUUCUUCUAUUUUUGUAAUGUGACACAAUUAAAAGAUUCAAUACACUGUUUACAUUUUUUUUUAUAAAAAUUGGGGGUUUGUUCUGUAUAAAUCGCCACACACACGGAACAGAAUCGCACAGCAAUUUUCCGCGGGAGUUUGUGUCCGUUCUGAAACCCUCCUUGUAGUCUGUGUAAAAUGUCAUAG